CUUGGUCGCCGAUCGAUCGGACAUCAGUCGCUGCUCAUCGGCACUCAAGGCGUUUUUUUUGGAAUUGGUAUCAUCGCAUCAAGUGGAUUAGUAGUCAGCAUGAAGGUCUUCGUUUGCAUGUGUGCUCUGUUCGCUGUGGCCAACGCCGGCUUCCUGGGUCUCCUUGGAGGCGGUGGUGGUGGUGGUGGCGGCGGCGGCGGCGGUGGAGCCAGCCUGAAGGCCGGAAUCAGCCUGGGCGGCAAUGGAGGAGGAGGAGGAGGUGGUGGCAACGGAGGUGGCUACGGAGGCGGCCAUGGUCCCAGUGGCCCCGUCCAGGUGGUCAAGGUGAUCCACCAGCAGGGCGGCGGCGGUGGCUACUCCUCCGGUGGCUACUCCUCCGGCGGUGGCUCCUAUGGCGGUGGCUACUCCUACGAGGCUGCUCCCCAGGUCUUCAAGGUGAAGGUCAUCUCUGGCGGCAGCAGCGGCGGCGGUGGCUAUGGACCCGCCCCCGGCCCCGUCUACCUCCCCCCCUCCGGCCCAGCCCCCUCCUCCGUGAAGGUCAUCAAGAUCCUGCAGGAAUCCGCUGGACCCUCCUUCAUCGGUGGAGGCCAUUCCUCGGGAGGCCCCGGUGGUGCCGUCUCGCAGGUCAUCAAGGUCGUUCACGAGAGCCACGACAGCGGUGUCUCCUCGGGAGGCUACUCCUCGGGUGGUUACUCUUCGGGCGGUGGAGCCACCAAGGUGGUGCGUGUGAUCCAUGAGCACUCCGCUGCUCCAGCGGUUGGACCCGCCUAUGCUCCCAUCGAUCUGCCCGCUCCGGUGGCUGCUCCGGUGGCUUCUUACCUGCCGCCCCAGGAGAUCGCUGCUCCCGCUCCGGUCUAUGCUGCUCCUGCUCCCGCUCCGGUUUACUCUGCUCCAGCACCUGCUCCAGUCUAUGCUGCUCCUGCUCCAGCUCCGGUUUAUGCCGCUCCAGCUCCGGCUCCCGUUUAUGCCGCUCCUGCCCCGGUUUACUCCGCUCCUGCUCCCGCUCCAGUUUAUGCCGCUCCAGCUCCCGCUCCCGCUCCAGUUUAUGCCGCUCCUGCACCUGCUCCCGUUUACUCUGCUCCUGCACCUGCUCCAGUUUACUCCGCACCUGCUCCCGCUCCCGCUCCAGUUUAUGCCGCUCCCGCUCCCGUCCUGAGCGUGCCCCAUCCCGCUCCAGCUCCUUUGUUCGCUCCCGAGGAGCAGCAGCUGCCCAUCGGCCACGCCCCCGCCCAGACCUACGGCCCACCCGCCUACUAAUCGGAGGACCUUCCUGCCAGCACUACUUCGAGAGCAUUUUAUACCAUUCCUACACACAAACGCCAUGAGUUAAUUUAAGACAUUUUUUUUACCACACAUUUUUUUGUUAGAAA